CCAAAAGACGAUAGUAUGUCAAUGUUGUUACAUCAACCUCCCAGCCAUAUGAUCCUUGCUCCCCAUGAAACCGACCAGCCUCUGGAUUUUACCAUGUCGAAGUUUAAAAGCAAAACAUCCGCGACGGUAGCUUCGCAGCUGAAGCAGUUUAACAGCUUCGCCGCUCAGCAGCACAUGAUGUUGCUGCAGAAUAACGGCAUCUAUUACAGCAGGAAUAACAACAACAAGAGCUUUACACGUGGUAGCACUCCGUCUUCGAGUAGUUCCGAAGAGGAAGGGGUUGGUCCUCCAGGGGGUUCCCCGAGAUCUCCUCCGGCGAGUCCUAUCAGGCCUAGAGCAGACGAAAUUCCAGCUUCACCCAAUACACCCACAUCAGAAUCGAAAUACGGAAAAUUAUGGCUUAAUGAACCAGAUAUGACAUGGAGGCAAGAAGUGCCUCUUCCAUCCAGCCAAGAAUCAAAAAUUGCCCUUCAAACACGACUAGGUAUCUCUCCAACUGAACCACGACCAAAUACAAGGCUUGAAAAGACUCCCUCAACCCCUGCAUCACAUAAUGAUGGAGAUAUCAAUGGUGAUGUUAGUGGAGAUGAUCAAAGUAUCGCCAGUGAUCACGACCAAAACGAUGAAAAUUCCAUGGAUUCGGAGAGGGGCGGUGCGUUAAAUUUAGUACGACCGAGUAACGAACAACCUAGGAUAUCCACGCCAAAUUCACAAGUAACAAGUUCCAGUCCUGGAGUAGGAGCAGCCCUGGCGGCGUUAGGAAGUCUCGGUGGAAUCUUCGGCAAUCACUUACAAAUGUUAGGAAGCUUACCAGCUUUCCAGAGUCCGCAGAGCCUGCAACAGCUGCAGCAGCUGGCGAUGCUGCAGCAGGCUAGCGGCAACCAGAUGAAUCCGCAGGCUCAGUUUUUAUUUCAAAAUCAGGGUUUUCUACAAGGGUUCCCUAGAACAAGUAUACCUUCUAGACCCCCACAUACAAUGCAGGUACAACAAAUAGCACAAGCUGCCCAGCAACUACAGCAACUGCAGAAAGUACAGCAAAACACAAACCAACACAAUACCAGCAUUCCUCAAAAUACGACGUUACCUCAUCAAACGCAGACCACGCCUCCAAACAACCACAAUAUACCUGCCAGCAUGCUUACUCCAAGCACGCCUAGUUCUGGUGGACUUACGCCGCAGCAUCUUAAAACACCCUCAAGGAUACUGGAACCAUCUCCAGAAGAAACCACAGAUUUGGAAGAACUUGAACAGUUUGCGAAGACGUUCAAACAGAGAAGGAUAAAACUAGGAUUUACUCAAGGAGACGUAGGUUUAGCAAUGGGAAAACUGUACGGAAACGAUUUUUCUCAAACCACAAUUUCUCGAUUUGAGGCAUUAAACCUUAGUUUUAAAAAUAUGUGCAAGCUAAAGCCCCUUCUGCAAAAAUGGUUAGAAGACGCCGACAGCACAUUAACAAACCCUGGGUCCCUCAGCAAUCCUCUAACUACACCAGAAACGAUAGGAAGGCGGCGGAAGAAAAGGACCUCGAUAGAAACCAGUGUGCGAGUAGCCUUAGAAAAGGCUUUUGUUCAAAAUCCAAAACCUACUUCCGAAGAAAUAACGAUGUUGGCCGAUGGGCUCUGUAUGGAGAAAGAAGUUGUUCGAGUCUGGUUCUGUAAUAGAAGGCAGAAAGAGAAACGGAUUAAUCCACCUACAUCAGUGAUGGGCUCACCUUGUUCUGUUGGUAACACCAAUGGAAAUAUGUUUCAUAUCGCUAAUAGUUUAGCAACUAGUCCUCUUUCACUCGUUACGUCAAGUGGCCAUAACUACAAUCAUCCGAACGUCAUGGUCAAGCAAGAAUGACCAUCACUGAACUUUUUUGCUGACCAUUUUUUAGAGUAGCAUGGUCUUUUGUUGUGCAAUGAUUUUAAAUAUCAAUGAUCCCGGUUUUUGUGUACUUUUUAAAAAGGAUAGCUUUGAAUCAGGUACUUUGAAUCACUUUCUCGAUUAAGUGAUAUGCCUGAACGCGUGACCAGAUAUCUCAUAACGCGACAGUUCGUAACCGCACAAAUGGUAACGGACAAUUCGUAACGCCGAAAAUUCUUAACGGCGAAACGCCGCUACGAAUUUUUGGCGUUACGAAUUUUCCAUUACCAUUGGUGUGGUUACUAACUGUCGCGUCUCGAGAUGUCGUGGAACCGCCUGAACGUACUAAACUGAUUAAACCUACUAAUAGUGUAAUUUUUUUCAAUAAAAGAAUAAUUUUAUUGAGAAAUUUUUGUAAAAUCUUUUGUAAUUAUUAAUAUUUCUAGAUUCAUUAUUAUUUGGUUUUUGCCAGUUUUGUAAGAACUUGUAUAGAGAUUCUUUGACUUUAAUCGAAAAUGUAAAAUACACCCUGAAGUAUUUAAGGUUGACAUCUUUAUGCAGUAUUUGAAAACUUUUGUUUUUAGAUCUCAGUGCAUUUAUUUAUAUCAACUAAGGGUUACUGCGACGAUAUUUUAAUAAAAAAAAAUUAAUUUAUGAUUUUGCAAGAGUUUAUUUCUUUUCUUUAUGCGUCUUUCGAGUAUCCCUAAACAUUUCAUCUAAGUUUCUCUAGGUAAGACAAUUGGGACUGUAUUAUUUUAUGUAGAUUGUAAUUUAAAAUACGAAGUUUCUUUUGGUUAUAAAGAACUUUUUAAACAUUACCAAGACACAAAUGUUUCAGACGUAGUAGUUAUAGGUACGCUAGACGCUAGACUCUUUAUUGCAACUUAUCAGUGAAUUGGGUCGGCCAAUGAAUGAGCAGUAUGAUGAGAAAUGAAAUAAAUAAAAGAAAAGUUUUUUUAUUUAAAUAAUUGUAUAGUAUAGCUAGUACCCAGUAUAACAUGUUUUGUAAUUUGUAAUAUAGCCAAUAUUUUUGUUAUCAUA